UAAUAUAUUUAUUUUCCCUCUCCCUCAAUUUUUUGCCUCCUCUAAAGCCCUCAGAGCAGUGGGAAUCAGCUUCUCAAAGUGCAUGAGCAAGAAUCUACAAGUGAAAAUUUGGGUGGGGGUUUAGGAAUAAAGGAAGAUGGGCCUCUCAAGUAUGCAGGCAAAGAAGGCAGGGCUGGUCUCCAUGGUUGAAAACAGUGGUGGUUCCUUAUAAUAAAAGGGCUAAAGUUUAUUGAGUGCUCGUGAUAUGCUGGGCAUUUUUGUGUGGAUGAUCUCCUUUAAUCCUCAUAAGAGCUCUUGAGAGUAGCCAUGAUUAUCUUCAUUUUCUAGAUAAGGAACUGGGGUUCAGAGAGGCUGAGUCAUUUGGCCAAGGUCACAUGGCCAAUAAGUUUAACAGAACCAGACUCCAGCCCAGGCUGUCUGAGUCCAGAAUCUGAGCUCUUCACCGUCACUCACAUAUUGCCUUGUCUGGUGACUGCCCAGUCCACCUGGCUCUGCAGUGGCCCCUGCACCUAGCAGAGUGUUUGUUGAAGAAAUAGACCAUUCGCCAAUGUCACAUAAUCCCUGAUCAUUAGUAAGUUAAUAAAAACUUGUUGGGCACGUUCUCUGGGCAGGUACGACACAAAGUGCUGUAGGUAUAGCCUUGAGUAAAACAAAGUCCCUGUCCUUCAGGGACUUAUAUUCUAGUCUAGUGGACAGAGAUGAGAAACACAGACAAGUAAGAUGGUUUCCGGUAGAAAUAAAUGCUGAAGAAAAUACAAUACACGCUAGAGUAAUGAGAAAUGAGUUGGCGCUAAUUCAUAAAGACAACUCUUUCAAGGAGUUUUUCUGUGUAGGGCUGCAGAGGAAUGGGAAAAAUUUGGAGAGAACAUGAAUUCUGGGAAAGAUUUCGCUUCUACCCAUCACGGGAAGAUAGCAGAGCUCCUUCUCAUAGUGCCAGGAAGGGUCCAGUAAAGGGGGAGAAGCGGAUGGUGCAGAGGAGAGAGGGCAAUUGCAGGGAGGAAGAGGAUGAGGGGGAGUGGGAGCCAGUGCACAAUCCUCCCCCACACCCCACACCCCCCCCCCCCCCCGGGGGCAGGAGGAUGGUGGUGAGAUGCAAAGAAGUGGAGGAGGGGAUGUUCUCUUUUCUCUGUUAAAGAUACCAAUGCUGGUCUUCAGGAUGCAUAAUAAUUAAUGGCUACCAAUUACUAAGCAUGCAUCGCCCACCUGUGAGUCCUGUCCACGCGUACCUCUGAUGAUGCGGAGGAGGUGGGAGGACACAAGAGUAACAUCACAGAGGGAGCUUAGCUCAAGGGAGGAGAACUGCUCUGCUGGGCCUCACUCUCUCUGUUCAUGGUGCCUGGAGCCACUGGUCCCUGGCACCCCAGCUCCUCUCAUUCCUUCUCUCUCUUCUGCCUCUUCCGGAAGCCUGUGGAUCUCAGAGGGCUGAACGAGGGAAGUGCUCCCAACGUGACUGGUAGAUGACACCCACUGGAGGUGCAGAGGGGACAGAGCUGUGCCUGUGGAGUAAUCGUAAAGACUUUUUAUUCAGUAUGUGUAUCCAUGUGUUUCUGUUCUAAAGAAAAGAAGCCUAUUUCUUUUAUAUAAAGUGGUUUGUAACUGGAUCACCUAUCUGACUAAGAGUCCUGGCUUAAGGAAACCAGGUAAGGAAAGUUCCAUCCAUCUGUGAAGCUUUACUACCGUAUACAAGCAUUAUUUUUAUAACUCCCAUCAAAAUGCUAAAUGGUGAAGGGAGAGAAGCAUGUUGACCUCCGCCAAAAUACUAAACCGACAGGGACCCAUGAAAAUGGGGAGAUUAGAGAGUACCGUAGUCUCAGGAGCACAGAAAUGACUGACGACACUUUCCUUUGUGUACUGAACACGCAGGGAGAGAAGCAGGAGUGGGUGACCAGACAUAUUGAUGCCUUUCCUCUGAUCAUUUAGAAACAAUCAGAGAAACACACCCUCACUGGAGAAAAGACACAGGAAGAAAGCGGCACACGAGGGCGUUUGAGGCUGAGCCAGCCGGAAUUCCAAUAGCCCAGUACUCACGAAAGGAUGUUUUUUGCACUAAGUUAACAGAAUGAUGUUCUAGUCAGGGUCUGUGAAUAAGAUUAAAGAUUGGAAUAAAUGAAGGAUAUCCUUUAUAAAAAAGUAAGAAAGGCACCAAAUUGCUUAGCACUUAGCCACACUUCAACUAUUUUAAUAGUUUGGCUUUUGUUUAAAAAGCAGGGGUGAAUGGGGACCAUGUGUUUUCUGAGAUAAACGGGCCGUGUCAUGGGAGCCUCAGCUGACCCUUGUCAUUUUGAGAAGGGAAAACUUGGGGAAAGUUGAAUCUCCAGACAAAGCGAUAAAGGGAAGGCAGCAAAGGUCACAGGCCAGGUGACCUGCCUUCCUCAGCACGGGUGAGGCUAUAUUCCGCCAGGUUCCCAGCCCAGAUAAAAAGGCAGCCUUGGGAAAUAAGUUAGUGAUGAUGAGCAAGGACAGAAUAUGGGGGUUGUGAGGGGAAGACUUCCAGGGACAAAGGGGAAGUUCCAGGCAUGGACGAGCUGGAGAGUCCCCAGCCGCACCUGUGGACCUGUUGCUGUAGGAACCCUACCCCGUCGCAGACAGCAUGCGGUGUUCCAUCAGGCGCUGCUUCCUGACCUCAGUGGGCAUCGGAUUCCUGUGGCUCUUCAUCACUUUGAAAGUCCCCACGGAAAUUGAAGAUGACCAAAAUGUGAUGACAAUCCAAGGCCAGGUAUAUGAUGUGCCUUUGUCAGUGUCCCAGGAGGACAGUUAUAGCAGAAGGGAGGACCUGAGACCACUAGAAGAGUGGCAGAAUCUCACCUCCAAAUACAUGAAAAAAAUCCAGCAGAGACGAAAGACAUGGCUGAUGGUGGGCAUCUCCUCAGUGCCACGACCGGACCAAAACAGCCUCUCGUACACACUGCUCUCCCUGUUCCGUGCUACCUCUAAGAUUGAGCAGAAGCGUCUCACAGUGCUGGUCCACCUGGCAGAUUCUGACCUCACCUGGCUCAGAGAAACCACUGUCCAUAUUUCAAGCCUCUUCAGCCCACAGAUCUUGGCAGGACAGUUGUUGCUGAUCCACGCUCCAUCUGACAUCUACCCCACUGUGGAUGAUGUCAGGGACAAGGCCACUCAAGCGGAAUUCUACUCCAAGCAGAAUAUAGAUCACGCCUUCCUCAUGAGCUUUGCCACAAAGCUCUCUGAUUACUUCCUGUUACUGGAGGACAAUGCCUUUUGUGCCCCCAACUUUGUCACCCACAUUCAUUGGAAGGUGAACGCCAUGAGGUCUGACCCGUGGGUGAUGCUGGAGUUCUCCAAUAUGGGCUUCCUUGGCAAACUCUUCCACAGCAGGGACCUCCCUGUCCUGUCCCAUUUCCUUCUCCUCUUCUACAAGGAAAAGCCCCUCAACAGGCUUAUCCCUCAUUUUCGUACCCUCCUGGCCCAGAAGAACCCCAUCCUCUGCAGACCUUUCCUCUUCUACCACAGGAUCUCCUACUUCACCUAUAAUGACAGCCAGAAAGCCACCCCAGUUCGGAAGAAGAACCCGUAUGGUCCUGACAACCCACCUGGAGCCAUUUUCACUGACAUGAAGGUGUUUGAUGUUCAUUUCCCCUGGGAGGCCUACACUCUGGACGAGUCCUUCUUCUGGACCCACAAUGUCAGUGCAGGGAACCACCUCACCGUCAUUUUGAACCAUCCAGUGAACCUGAACAGAGUGCAAGUCCUGACAGGGACCAUUGUGGAUGGAAAGUAUGCCCUGGAGAAGGGGCAAGUGGAACUGGGCUACGACCCCGAGGGGAUGCCUCAGUACUGUACCAGCUUUGCUGUGCUGGGCCAUCUCUUGGAAGGGCAGAUGGAUCAGGAGGUAUUUCUGAGAAGUCUGAGGUACAACGUGAGCUGUGUAAGGGUGGUGGUGAAAGCUAAUCAGCUUGGUGGUCUCAUUAUCAGGCACAUUCACCUCUGGGAGGAAAAUGCCAAAGAGGCAGAAGCAACUGAAAGUUGGAGGUAAAUCAGUAAGGGUCUGAAAAAUUAAAAUCUUGAAGCCAUUUCAUUCUAUCCCAUAUGACAUGGUGGAGACACAAGGAAACAAGGGGGAGAGAGAGAAGACUAUGGUUCUUUUGGUGCCACCUGAUGUUAGCAGACCUAUUCCUUCCUUUUUCUAGCCAAACGAGUGACUCUUAUAUCCUUUUCUGGGGCAGAUAUUGCUUAGCCAAUUUGGGGAAAGGCCUUGUUCAGUCUCAGAAUCUUUAAGUUCCUGGGGCACCGAGAUCAGCACAAAUAUAGGGUGUGUGUGUGCAUACGUACACUUACAUGUUCACACAUAGUCAGAGGUAUAAUGUCGUAACGGGAGGGUGAAUGGGGAAAUCAUGGGGAGUCCCUAGAAUUGACAUCAUAAGAAUCCAAGAAAGGGACUCUCAUUAGAAGUUGAACUCUGAAGUUCAGGAAGGUAGCAGAGGGACUGAUAGCCCUAAAAUUAACCCCAUCACUCCACCCUUUCAAGCUGUCUCGUGGUGCCAGUCCAGUUCCCUCCACCUCACAGACAGGCUUGGGCACAAACAGUUGGAAACUAAAGCUUCAUUUUCUCGUCAGCAAUUCACUCCUUAACUCCCUCCCUGGCUUCUGCAUCUACAAUGCUACUGAAACUCCUCCCUACUGGUAAUGACAAAAACAGUCAAAACCCAGUGGUUUUCUUUUUCUUUUUUUUUAGAUUGGCACCUGAGCUAACAUCUGUUGCCAAUCUUUUUUUUUUU